AACCCAACAUCGAUUCAUUUCGUAGUAAUGUUGUAAUUCACCGGCUUAGCCUCUGCUAUGUGACCACUGUACAUACAUAUGUACAUACAUACAUACUAUACGUACAUACAUCAUGUAUGAUUUUAAAUGAUGUCGAUAAACCAUAAAGUUUUUGUUUUGAAUCAUGAUUUGUACAUCCUGUGAUAUUGUUCCCUAUAGAUUCAAAAAAUUAUACUUAUCGACAUGGAUGAAACAUACAAGAAAUUAUCUUCUAAUACACUAAGGGCAGAAGAAUUGUUGCGUAGUAAAGGCAUUAGAACUACUAUACUGGAGGAAUGGGAGAAAUCACUUCUAGUUCUGCCAAAAAGUGGAAAGAAACAUUUUGAACCUAAUAACUCGUGGCUCGAAAAUGUUCAAAUUGAGAAAGGACUUAAAACACGUAAAGACUUGUUGAAUAUUGAGAGGGUUGAACGUGUUUCAGAAUUAGCUAGUGCCGAGUGGAUUCCAGCUCAGAAGAAAGCUCUUGUUACUAAAAAAUCUGGCCAAGAUUGGUCCAGUUUUGGCACAGAUAAAAAUGGUUCCUUAUAUUUGAUACCAGAAGAGGCAUUAUUUCUUCUAGAAACUAAUUGUCUUGAACUCAUUUGGAAUGGUGUGCCAUGUUCAGUGCAACAAGCAUAUGAGAUUUUGAUUGAUGAUACAUCAUGUACUUUAGAUGAAUAUAGAGUUUAUAGUCAGUUAACACGCUGUGGUUACCGUAUACAGCGUUAUGUUUAUGAAGAAUCAGAUAAAUGUGGCAGAUCAGAUGAAUCUGUUAAAAGGAAAGUUAUUGUUGAUCCUGAGAAUGGACUAAGAAUGUAUGACAGUCAAACUCAGAAUCAACAAAUUUCAGAGAAAUCUAAAGAAACAUUGACGAAAGAUGCAUCACAGUCAUUAGAUACAUCUGUCAUUAAUUCUAAUACAAAAGACUGCCAAGAUACUGUAGCAGAGAAACCUGUUGAGCAAAUAAUACGUGAUGUAAUAGACCACAUUCUUUGCAAUAUAGAAGAUAAAAAAAGUGUAAAUAAUUCAACUGGUUUACAAUUAAUGGAGAGCAAUAAGAAAGAAAAAAGUGACAUGAAUGGUGAGGAGAAAAGCCGAAAUUCAAAACUGGAAAUCAUUUCCGACGAAACUUUGGUAGGCAGUAUUAAAAUUUUGAGUGAUACAUCUUGUAGUCCAAAGAAAGAAGUCACAGCAUCAAGCAAAUGGCCGGGUACUCGCAUUCAGCGUAACGUCAAAUUAAUGCCCAAGAGGAACGACAAAAUAUCUAAUGCUGAUGUUUCUGUAAUCGAUUCCAAUUGCACGAAUGAAAGGUCCAGAAACUGUGGCAAGUGGAAGAUGGCCGGGACAACUAACGAAUCAUCAUAUACAAAAAAGGCGAAACACGAGGUAAUUGAGUUGUCAGACGACGAGAUUCAGGAAUUACCGCGCACUAUGACAAGAAUGGAAAUGUUGAAUUUGCUGCCGAAUAUCGCCUCCAAAUCGGACAUCACGGAGAAGAUUUUCAAACGGUACAUACCGUUCAACGUGAGGCCCCGCAAGAGCGCCUAUCAGUACAAUCUAACGAAGAUAUCGCGCAUGCAGGAGAACGACAGGCGAACACGACAGAAUUGCAAGGGUGUCGGCAACAGCUCGAAUCAGUAUAGGUCAUACCACAGCAACUACAGCCCGAACAGGAGUCCCAGAGCUAUUGCUGGUAGCGCCAGAAACGCCACUUAUCAAAAUCCAAACACGCGUUUGUCUCUAUAUGGCCCGCCGCGGCCAUUUUACGCAUUAGACCAUUAUAUGCCCAUACCAAAAGCCGGCUUUCCGUGCACAUAUAACAGAUUGCCGCCGUACUGUUACAAUUCAAACGCGUACGCUCUUCAGAACAGGAUGACGCUGAUGCAGCAUAACGUGUUUCAAAAUAUGCUCGUCGCUUUCGAGAAUCACGGAAACGCAGUUCAGCAGACCAGAAGCCUCACCAUACAAAUGAACAACUUCGCGAUGCCGUACAUGGGAUAUGGGAUGUUCCGGACGAGGCAUCCCUUCAUGGAGAACCAGUGCCGGCAAUCCUACUAUCAGAACUUCUCCUGGCAGCAGAGAUUUUGGCAGCGACGUCCAGAUAACGCCCAGACAAUGCAAGACAAUGCGCAUUCUAUCGCGAAUCGCCGAUACGAGGACGCGAGAAAGAGCAAUGCUGAGAUCGUAAAUCGGCCGUCUUUCACGACGCGUCCAGGAGUCAGCUCGUGGACAGAGUUAAAGAAGAAAUGGUACGAAGAAAAGACUAUCACAAUCGAUGACGAGGAUAAUAAAAAUAUAAACGAAAGCGGCGAGGAGGUGCAAGUUGUUGAGCAACUCAUCAAUCCGUUGGUCGGACCCAGAUACGCAACGUCACUCGCUGAGGUCUACAGUAAGCUCUCUAUAAUCAAAUCAGCGCCGGAGAAGACAGUCAGGAAGAAGAAGAGCAGAUACAAGAUAUCGUACAAUGUGUACUCAUGCUCUUCUCAUCACUAUAAGAAGUCGAAUCCCGGCCAAGCAUUGUACAGCGUGGUAGUGAUAAGGAAAGAGAACUCAUUUCUCCAACCUGUCGAGUUGAAUCGUUUGCAACAAGACGCAAAAGGUUCUCAGAUAAUACUGGCUUGUGUCUCGACGUCGAUAUCGUACAUUCAACCAGGUAUUAUAACGAUGCCAAACGUCUAAUCUAAUUCAGAGAACAGUGUAUCAGCUGCAAGCCUAUUUUUUUUUUCUAAAAACAGCUGGUCAUAAACCCCCUACUGUGUAAUACGCUUUCUCGUUGUUGUAUAGUCCUUAAAAUGUAAAUUAAAUGUUUGAUUUUAUAUUACAAUAAAAUAACAUUAUUUCUACUGCAAUUAUAUAUACUGAAUGAUAUAUAUCAAAAAUAGUACCGCGUUUUACUCGUAGGUUAAGUUUGAACAAAAUUCUUUUGUUAUUAAUUAAAAUACAAAAAAAUAUUUUAUAAACAAGUGUUACAUUUAUUAGACAUCGUGUUACUGCAGAAUUCAUCAAUAUGUGUGUAUAUCUCAGAAUGCAUAAAAGAAUUAAACACAAGACUGGAAGGUAAAU